AUGGCUGUCACCGUACCCUUCUCUGUGAUGGCUUGAAAUUCUAGAAUAACAUUGCUUCGCCGAAUUUCCGACAAAUCUGCCAAAUAUGGAUCAGACUGUAAUCAAGCAAGAUACGUCGGUCCAGGAACCCAAAGGCCUGGGCGGCCGGCAGUGAAACGGCACGUGCCGGUUACGUCAUGUACUGGCCACCCAUUCCACGUCACGAAGGGCUUCGCUCAUUGACAUUGGCUGCUCAGGUUACGUAGGUCGAGGGGGAGGCGUCAGGGCGGACGCGCAACCUGUUACCUCUCGCAAAGCAAGACAAGGCAGGCGAGAGCACGGCAACUUUUGGCCGUUCGCCGCGCCGCCGCCUUGCCAGGCACGCCAGGUUGUGCCUGACCCAGGCUGGGGCAUUUAAGGUUCUCCUCGCCUCGGCUGAGGUUGACGUCGACUUGUUUUGCCAAAUCAACAACAACCUCACGCACACUGAUACUUCUUGAUACCCUUACGUGCACGCAACUGAAUCAGAACAUUCGUCCAGUCCCAUCGACGCACCAAGCAUCAUCCUCGAAGACUAUCGCUUUCACUAGGAAAACAUCAGACAAACAAAAUGGGUGCCAUUUCCGCCGUCUUUCUCAUCCUCAUCACCAUUCUGGUGCCGCCCGUCGGUGUCUACGCAGUCGCUGGCUGUGGCAUGGACCUCCUCGUCAACAUCUGCCUGACACUCCUGGGUUACAUCCCCGGUCACAUCCACGCAUUUUACCUCGAAUACGUAUACUACGACCGCAAGGAGCAGGCGAGGGAGGGCCGUAUCAUUACUGGACGCGCGCCGGGUGUCUACAGCGACAACGUGCAGAGCGGCGGCCACGGUUACGGCACGAUUGCCCAGCCGACUCACUAAAUCGCAAGACUGUGUGGUUACCUAGGGAGGCUAUCGGUGACUGUAGCUGCUGCGGAAUGGUAGCGCGGCACAUGCAUGGCAGUACGGUACGACUAGGUAUUGCCGGUGUCCUGGCAAGCGACAUGAACAUCAUCUUUGGGAAGGGCGUUCACCUGGCGACAACGAGGCGGCAAUGGUCCUUUGACAGUACGCAGAAUGUAUGAAGAUAAACAAGAAUAAUAAUAUCAUCAGAAACUUGACCAACGGCGUGCGCGUGCCUGGCGCGCAUGCAGAUGAUGGUGCCAGAUCU